AUGGCUUUACCUGCCGGAGAGGAUUUGCUUGAGUAUCCUCCCAAAAGUUGGUGCAGAGCCUAUUUUGAUACAGUGUGUAAACAUCCAGCAGUUGAAAAUAACAUAAAUGAGUCAUUUAAUUCUUGGAUACUAGAAGCAAGGUUCAAGCCCAUCAUUGGGAUGUUGGAAGAUAUAAGAAUUAAAGUAAUGAAUCGAUUAGGGCAACAAGAAGAUUAUGUGAUGAAAUGGACUAGUGAAUUUAGUCCAAAAAGCUUGAAGUUGUACAAUGAAUAUAUGAAGAUAGAUCAAAUUUGUAGGGUUGACUGCAAUGCAGAUAAUGGAUAUGAGGUUACUGAGGGGGAUGAUAGACACAUAGUCAAUUUAAGGGUGAAAAGGUGCACUUGUAGGGCAUGGGAUCUUGAAGGAAUUCCAUGUCCUCAUACAAUUAAAGCCUUGUUGCAUGAAAGAAUCAAUCCUUUAACUGAAACGAAUUGGUAUCACAGCAAGGAGGCAUUUCUACUAACUUACAAGCAUAAGUUGCAACCUAUGAGGGGAAAUUUUUUUUGGAAAAUUGACCCUCUUCAAGCAAUGGAGCCACCAGAGUUUGUCAAGCUUGCUGGCAGGCCUAGAAAUAAGAGAGUUAGACAGAAAGAUGAAGCACUUAAGAGGCAAGGUGAGUAG